GAAAGUGGUGCAUUUCAUCCCCAUCUAGAAUCUAAUAUGCAACAUAAAACCCGUUUGUUGUUUAAUGUGGUGAAUUAAUUAUUGUUCUGGGGAGAUAAGUGCUCCUUUUUAGCCGAAUCAUUUACAGCAUCUAGUACAAAUGGCGUUUGAAUCAGUGCUUUCGAAUUACCUCUGAAUUCUAAUAUCUAUUAUUUGUUUAGAGGGUUAGUUAUUAUUCAAUCAGCAAGGUUCUCCUAAUGUUUUUCUCCUGACAUGUGUUGUCAUGUGCAUGAUUCGUCAUCCCUCGGGGGAGAGUGUACCGAGAGGGCGUGCUGCAGGAGCCGGCUAAUAGGAUGGGAGAUGGCACUGAAUACCAAUGGCUCAUAGUGGAGAAGACCACAGACUACCCCUCUGCUGAGUUCUCUCUGGUGGAGGAUGUGGCUCUGCACUUCACCUGCUUGAUGGACAGGUUGAACGAGCAGCGCCUCUUCCAGCCUGACCUCUGCGACGUGGACAUCGUCUUGGUGCGCCAGCGCAGCACCUUUCCUGCCCACAAGGGAGUGCUGGCGGCCUACAGCCCCUUCUUCCACUCUCUCUUCGCCCAAAGCAAACAGCUGCAGCGUGUGGACCUGUCGCUGGACGCCCUGACUUCGCAGGGCCUCCAGCAGAUCCUGAACUUCAUCUACACCUCCAAGCUGCUGGUGAGCAGCACCACUGUCCGCGACGUGCUGAACGCUGCCACUGUGCUUCAGAUGAGCAACAUCGCGGCGUCCUGUCGCGAUCUCCUCAGCAGCCACUCGCUGAGAGCCGCCUGCAGAGAGAUGGCCAAUCAAGAGGGGUUUAGCGGCUGCAACCCUGCCGGGAUGCCUCCCUGCCAGCUGUACCGGGAGAUCAAACAAGAGUCUGAGCGCGGCAGGGUCUACGCGAGAGAAGGCAGCAGCCCGUUCUCUGUCAGGGUGGAGGAGGUGGGGAAGAUGGCUGCCCAGACAAAGCAGUACUACCAGAAGGAGGAGGGGGCAGGAGGCGGGGCCGGCACAGGUGUGGCCGCUCUGUGUAAGGCGGAGGGCAGCGACGGGGAGCCCAAAGCGGCGGAUGGCCACACCUCCUUCAACAGGGAUCAGAUCAUCGUUGAAGUCAACCUCAACAACCAGACCCUGAACGUCUCGAAGGGAUCCGACGGCAAAUCGUCCACAAUCGCGGAACCUGUGUUUGGUCAUUGUGAGGAAAACGAGAGAGACUCUGAGGGUGACGAGGACAACGGAAUGGAGAACGGUGAUGGACAUGGGGAGGAGGGUGAUGAAGACCUAAAGAGGAGAGACCUACUGGGCCGUACCAGCGAGGAGGAAGAUGAGGAGGACGAAGAGGAGGAGGAGGAGGAGGAGAACACCCUAAACAUUCCUGGGCUGGACCAGCCCGCCGUAAUGGAUCGACCACACCGGGGCGCCAGGGCCCUUGCCAUUACGGGCGCCGCCACCAUACGUCAGACGCUUGCAGAGGCCACUCUGGCCAACCAGCGACAGGCUGGGAAGAGGGCCCUGGACGCGGAGGGCCUGGGCCAGAAAGUCAGGCUGGAGGAAAAGCAACACUUCCCGUGUAAGAAGUGUCCUCGCAUCUUCAACAACCGCUGGUACCUGGAGAAACACAUGAACGUCACCCACAACCGCAUGCAGAUCUGCAAUAACUGCGGGAAACGCUUCCUGCUGGAGAGCGAGCUGCUGCUGCACCAACAGACUGACUGUGAGAGGAGCAUCCAGUGCGUGACAUGCGGAAAGGCCUUCAAGAAGCUGUGGUCGCUACACGAGCACAACAAGAUAGUCCACGGCUACGCGGAGAAGAAGUUCUCGUGUGAGAUCUGCGAAAAGAAGUUCUACACCAUGGCUCACGUCAGGAAGCACAUGGUCGCCCAUACGAAGGACAUGCCCUUUACCUGUGAGACCUGCGGGAAGUCGUUCAAGCGCAGCAUGUCGCUGAAGGUCCACUCUCUGCAGCACUCGGGAGAGAAACCCUUCAAGUGUGAGAGCUGCAGCGAGCGCUUCCAGUACAAAUAUCAGCUGCGCUCCCACAUGAGCAUCCACAUCGGACACAAGCAGUUCAUGUGUCAGUGGUGCGGAAAGGACUUCAACAUGAAGCAAUACUUUGACGAGCAUAUGAAGACGCACACGGGAGAGAAGCCGUACAUCUGUGAAAUCUGCGGCAAGAGCUUCACCAGCCGGCCCAACAUGAAGCGCCACCGCCGCACCCACACCGGGGAGAAGCCGUACCCGUGCGAGGUGUGCGGCCAGCGCUUCCGCUUCUCCAACAUGCUCAAGGCCCACAGGGAGAAGUGUUUCCACGUCAGCAACCCCAUGGUGGGCCCUAACUGCGCCGACCCCCUCGCCCUCGACCGGCCCCUCGUCUCUCCAGCCGCAGACUCUUCCGGCCCGGCCCAGCUGGGGGCGCCGGCCUCCUCCGCCGUCUGCGGCCCCCAGCUCCUCCACGGCGGCCAGCUGUCUCUCCCCCCGCUGCGGCCCAUGGGGGGGCCGCCCGCUGCCUCCCAUUUACCCCCGCCGCCUCCCUUGUUCUCUGCUGGUAGGAUGAACUCUGACAACUAACAAGUCUCUGUAGCAUUUAAAGCACUUUGUUCGGUUCCUCUUUUGUAAGAGCAGACUCGCAGCAGGGAGAGUGACAUUUACGCGGAGGGAGGAGCCCGAGCGCGGGCCCGGUAACACGGACGCGUACCCAUGUGGAACAAUAAGAAAUAGUUAUUUUUUACUCAGCUGAAAACAGCAUAUAACCUCAACGUCCUCUCCCAUGAAUUUUACACCACGCUCAGAAAUCCGUAGUUUUGCACAACUAAUAGAUUGUAGCAUCCUUCACCAAAUAACCGUUACUCAUAAAGGACGAGAGUUAAAAAAACGCAUUUUGUUUGUGUUUGUUUCUCUGCCAGGAUGUAGCGCUCAGUUCCUCUCUGACCCGGCAAUAAUCAAACGUCGACCCGUUUGUGACAUCAUCAAUAGCCAAAACCCUGUUAGCUCCCCCUGCUAUAGUUGAGUAAUGUAAAAUGGCAUUUAUAAUCGAUCCUGCACCUUGCAUUUGCCUACUGUGACAUUUAAAAUGUACUCCUUACUGUCUGUUUUUUUUUUUUUUUUUUUUUUUUUUCUGUUUGUGGCUGACUGAUUUGCGGCUUCGGUUUCUAAGGACAUCACAGAGCCAACAAUGGCCGUAGUGGAGUGAGGUUACAUGUUUUUUUUUGUCUGCACUGGAAUGUUAGAGUGAGCUGCCAAGCAAAGACUGAAACUGAGAGUCAUUUGAACAACAAAUUCACACCUGAGCUUCCACAAAGUCAGCGGAUGGAGAUCUGCCCGACUCUAAUGUUUGGUUUCCGUUAAACCUGCCCAUCCUCUCUUACGGAUCUAUUUAUCUUGGCAAGCUGUUGAACUUUUCCACAUUUUGUGUUGCAACCGCAAAUUUGUAUGUUGUUUUCUUUGGGAAAAGCAUAGAGUGGUCUGUGAUUGUGAAGUGGAGGGAAAACGAUGUGUGGUUUUCUUACACCUACAACAAAAGUCUGUCCUUAGUCUAAACUUUGUUCAACCACCUCUGCGAUUUCUGCUGCAAGUCUUUUGGAGCGUCUAUGCGCCAGCUUUGCACAUUUUAGAGACUGAAAGCUUUCUUUUUUUCCAUUUUUCUUUGUAAAACAGUUCGGGCUCAGUCAGAUUUGAUGUAGAGCGUCUGCAAACAGCAGUUUUCAUGGUAAUCUAACUCAUUAAGGUCUAGACUUUGAGUUAUUCUGACGCACGAAUAAGCUUUGUCCAUAACCAUCUCUAGUUGCUCUGAUUGUAUGUUUAUGUUGUUGUUCCCACAGUCCCAAGUCUUUUGCUUCCUCUAACAGGUUUUUUCUCAGUGAUGGCGAGGUAUUUAUCUCCGUCUGUCUUUCCAUCAACUCAGACCAGCUUCCCUGUCCACGUAGGAAGGAAAUGAUCCUCACAGCAUGUGUCACAAUGGGGAUGAUGCGUUCAGGGACAUGUGCAUGUUCCUCACACCUACCGUUGAACAUGUAGGCCAAAACGUUUGACCAGACCACCUUCUUCCACGUGUUUAACGUGUCUCGCAGUGAGCGUUUUGGGAAACGGCGAACAUAACCUGUUACGGCUUUCCUCUUACAGCUCCUACUAUGUUACCACGGGAGCCAUGGGUGUUUCUCUGAUUAAUGCUCUCCUAGGCUGGGGUUUCCGUUUAGGUGGAUGGUCGUGACGCGGUGGGAUUGCAGUUAUGAAAGUAAUCAGAUUUUUAUUUGUAAAAAAAAAAAAAAACUGAUAAGCCAUGUAAAAUUUUCCUUCCACUUCAGAAUUAUGCAGUAGGCUACUUUGUGUUGGUCUACCACAUAAAUCAGCAUUAAAUUAGAUGUAUUUUGCGGUUAUAAUGUGACAAUAUGUGCUAAAGUUCAAUACUUGUGCAAGGCAUUGCAUUAUAUACUCAGAGAUAUAACUAUAUUAGAUAAAUAGGUGAUUUACUCAAACAGUAUAGUUGUACAUUUAGAUUGAUUUCUAACAAUUUACAAUGGUGAAGUCAAAUACUGCUUAUUCUUUUAAGUAGAUGUGAGAGAAGUUCACAGGAGUUUGCUCACAUAACUAAAUGUGUGCAUUUAAUCUGUAGAGAAUCUAACUUCCUAUUUUUAGACAUCAUAGAAAUAACCCAAAGACCAAGUCUCCUAAAUAACAUUAGCUGUAUUUCUUUUGUUAAACGAUGAUUUUUAGCAGCAAAUUAAAGUUACUGACUUGCAGUAUAAUAUGUUCAUAGUAAAUGUUGCACUUUGAUUAAAAGGAUAGUUUAAACUAUCUAUCUAGGUUUUUUAUUUGCCUUCUUGCUGAGAGUUUAAGUUAGAAAACUUAGGCCACUCAAACAUCUAUCAAUCAUUUUUUAGAUUUGCCUGAUCUUAUCUUUUUUUUUUGUUACGUUAAUGGGCACAUCAAGUCUAGUUGAGAUCUAAUGUUCACUUCCGACUAUUAAUCUAUGUUUGGGUAUAUCUAAACAAAGGAGAGCUGCCAUGACCUCCUUUUCUAUGUAGUGCCUGCAUCCUGAAGUUUCUCUGAUGCAAGUGGAAGCUUGUUAUGGCUUCCACCUAGUAAACAUGCUAAAAGCCCAUCUGUGAUAUAUUUUGAAGGCAUCCUAUAUAUAAAAAAAAACUAUUCAAAUUCUCCAGCAAAGCCUCUUGCUUUCAAGAUAAUUUGUUUUAUUUAUUUUUAGAAACAGGAAAUGGUUUAUGGAUAAGCCCUUCCAAUUUCUGCUAAGGUCAAAAUUUUUUUUGCAGUAUUAGAACCCAGAUUUUCUGUUCCAAAAACACAUUUUCUAAUGUAAUUAUUUAUGCACAAAUCAAGCAGCUGAGACAAAUUGCUUUACAUCCCCUAACAAGCUGCUUCCCAUCUUACUCUAUAUAUUUUGGCAUAUCAUAAAGUGUGUUGUCUAAAUGUGAUGAAUUGAAGGGCAAGGGGAGGAACAUCAAGUCUUGUCAUGUCUAUGAAGUUUGUGCACUUUUGAUGCGCUCUUGUUCUGAAUAAUGCAUGUGUACCGGGAUCAAAGGUGUGGAUUUGACAGAGUUCUGCUGCGUCAGGAUAGGGUAUGUUAUUUUUGCUGUGAUGUCACCCGUUUUGAGGGUUUUUUUUAGGGAUCAGUUCAAUACCUCAAGAGAAAAAGACCAAUGCUCUCGAGGUCCUCGAAGUAGUCGAGUAAAUAAUAGUUGAAUUAAAUAGAAAGUUGCAUAAGCUGGAAACAGUUGGAGCAACUUUGAGCAUUCAGCAGGCCCAGGUCAUUGAAUCUUAAUUAGUGUGUCAUCUGCAUAGCGCAGCAUCGGAUUAAGUAAUUUUAUAUAGUAAUCACUUCAUAAUUUUGUACCAAUUGCAUACAUUCUGCAGGACUGGUGCAUAUGUGCAAUAUUAGUAUAAGGCAUUUAAAAGUGGUGACUCUCAGGCUGUGAAAUUUUUCAACAUUUCCAAAAGAUCCAUGGCAGCUUGGUUCAGAGAUCCAAUCAUGAAUGCUACACUGUCAGACGCGUAGAAAUGAUGCAGGAGCUAUUUUUUCCCCCAACUAUUCAGCUCCUCAUACGGCAAUGAAAUGCAAAGCUAUAUAUCGUUAUAUAAAAGUGAGGUUAUAUGGUGCUUAGCCGACUUUUCCUUUUGCUAUGAGAUUAAUUUAGGCUUUCGAGCAGCUUUAGUUAACAGGUAUAUAGGUGGCACUGAACACCUCUUGAGAACCGAAGCUUGAAGUCAAAUAAAAAUUGACCCCCGAGAUUUAUCUGUCAUAAUUGGCAAGUUUCUGUGCCCAGUCAACAAACCCAUAUUCCUUUUAUUUAUAUAAGCUUAGUCUUAGCAUAGCAGUCCCCUGUAUAUACUGUCCAGAUUGGAUGCGCAUUGUUUUCCUUUUUUUUAAGUUUACACAGCUUGAGCUAAAUGUGUGUCCUGGACGGUACGAAGGAACGUUUGAAUUUUUGAAUGUUUUUUGUAAAUGUAUUUAGCUUUUGUUUAUUUCAAAGACGAAACUGAGCACUUUGAGCGAAAUAUUGCACCAAUCCCAGAUUUGUGUCCUUCAUAAACCAAUAUGAAGAAAUACUAAUGGCCUCAUUGGACAUUAUUUAAUUAAUGGUACAUUAUUUACUUAUUUUGUCAACUAUUUUUUAUAUAUUGCUUUGCUGAUUUUGUACAGGGUCCAGUCUAAGAAUGACCCUCUUAAAUUAGAGCUUUUUGCUUGUUAUUUACUAUAUUCUGGUUGUGAUAAAGUCCAAUCGAACCUCAGUGGAUAGUUUACUCGAUUGUUGCAAAUCAACAAAGAACAUAAUAGUCGGCUGCCCAGAUUUGAAUACUAAUAUGAACUUUCUUGCUUUCGAAGAUAAUUAGAAGGUAAAAAAUGUUUAUUUCUUAUAAAUAUCCCGCUUAAAAUGUCAAUUUUCAUGUCGAGUACCAAGCAUUCAGUAAGACAACAUGAAUUGUAUAUGCUAUAAAGUUAUAAAUCUUAAGAUGUAAAGUGUCUUGUAAAAGUAUCUGUAGCCCAUGGACCUAUAUACACGUUGUCACAUUAUAACCACAAACUUUAUUGUAGCAGGAUUUUACUUAGGUGAUAGAUCAGCAUGUCAGCCAAAAAGUUCAAAUUCAUUCACAUCUGGCCAGAGCACCAUGGCUUUGUUCUUGCCACUCUUUUAUAAAACACAGUCCUGUAAAGUGCAUGAAUAAUACCGUUAGCAGAUUCCCCAACCUGAGCUGUGGAUACCUGCAGCUCCUCCAGAGUCAUCACGGGCCUCUUCGCUGCUUCUCAGAUUAAUGGCGUAAGGCCUUUGAAGAACAUCUUUAUUUAUAUGGAGAUAAAAUAGUUCGAACUGGGUUUUAUCUAGAGGUUUCAGAGUAAAAGGAGGCAGAUGACAGUUAUACACUUCACACUAUCAGAUAUAUAAUCCAAAUAAAAUAAGUUUUUUGCUGUCAGGUGACAAAACCCGAAAAAGUUGAAGGAGUUUAUGUGCAAGGCACCGUAAUCUGGUCAUUUGGUGGUCGCUGACUGUUAAGGACUGUUUAUUAAAAAGAGCCUAUCAAAGCUGAGAAUGUGCUCUUUUUUCUGCUUUCUUAAGGAGCCACUACCCCUAGAGACAUUACUGACAUACUGUGUUUUGUGUGUUUGCCUUAAAAAUAGUGGGAUUUCCAAUUUUUUUUUAUUCUUUAUUUCUUUUGCUGUUAAACAGUAAUUAUAUCUGACGGAGAAAUUAUGAUGAACACUACUGAUUUAUGCACUUUAAAUUUCUCUGCCACACUUCCCAAUAAGGGGGCCAUGAAAGCAGACGCAGGGUGAAAACAAGUUGCAGAGAUGUGUAAAGAUGGAAAUGUGUAUUUCCUUUUUAAAGUUUUGUUUUUUUCCUUUUUUGAAUGAAGUUAAUUUUGUUUGGGAACUGUUCAGAGAACAAACUGACACAAAUGAGUAUUAGAACUUGGAAUAAAUCACAGAAAAUGGAGUGUUGCUUGUAAGGCCGUUGGCAGUCGAGCCUGACCCGGGUUUGUCGUUUCUAAUGUUGCUAUUCAGCACAGUAAAAGCCAAGUCCGUUUCACUCUUUAACAUACAGCUAAAUAUGGCAGCUUCCAUAUUUAAAGUAGCAUUCAGUUCAACUAAGGUAAUUGAUUAGUUCAUUAUCAGAAUUGAUAACUACAAGGUGCAAUUUCUAUUAACCUAAAGAACCCUUAAUUGGGAUUUUUCAAUGUUAGUUAAGUUGCCUAAUUGAGUAAUGCACUUUAUUUUCCUGUUCAGAUCUUAAACUGACAUAGUGGCACUUAUUCCGCAUAAAUUUGCUCAUACUGUGUGUGCGAGUGCUAUUCUUUAUAACAAAAGAUUACACAAAAUUAGAAAAAUGCUUUCUAAGUUAAGAAAAAAUAUGUCCCUGGCAGGCUCCAUUGGAACUGCGUGUUAACAAAACUGCUUUUGAAAAUAGAUCUUCCUAUCCUUGCUUGGAAUAAAGUAUUAAACCUCUGUUGUAUUAAUAUUAAUCCAUCAAACCCAAUGUGAGUGGAGCUUUCUGUGGCCUAGAUGGAAAAUGUACUGGGAAAAUUGUUGGAUUAUUGGUUUUUUUUGUGUGUGUGUGUUUUUUGUUUUUAAGAUAAUCUUGCCUAAAUGUCAUAGUGACACACAAUAACAUAUUUAUUUUACAGAAUUUAAGCAAUUCUGGGAUUUUUGCUGAAGAAAUCCAAGGUAUGAAGGAAGUCAGAAUCUUUCAUAUUUUAGAUUGUUCAAAGGUGCUUACUUUGUCACUUUGAUGAUACUUCCACAAGGUGGUCUCCUGGACUGGUUUUCAGUUAUCAUGUUACCUCUUUGUCGAGAGGUAAUUACUGGAAGGUCUUGCCUUUCUCUUGAGUUUAUAGCCCAUCAGUUUUAUUGUGCAGAGGUAGGGUUCAUACGGGAAUAACCCUGUUUGACUCCUAUUCUAAUACAUUGUAUCAGGACCCACUCAACUAAGUAAAGAGAAGCAGUUACCCAUCACAACUUUAAGACAUGAGCGCCAGUAAAUGUGAUUAAGAACUCUGGUCUUACCCUCAAGUAAAGUUGCAAAGACUAUCAAAUACUUUGAUGAAACUAGUCCUCACAAGGAUUGCCCUUGAGGAAAGGGAGACUAAGUGUUGCCUCCAUGCUAGGAUGGUUUCUAUAUAUGCGCGAUAACGUCUGUGAAGCAUGGUGGUGGCGGAGGUGGUGUUAUGGUACGAUGUGCUUUGCUGGUGAUAUUGCUGUCCAUUUAAUCAAAGCCCAUUUAACCAGAAUGGCUUCAGUAGCAUUCUGCAGCAAAACAUCCCUUCCCACCUCAUCCGGUUCUUCAUAGCUGGACAAUUGCUUGUUUUUCAGCAGGACAAUAAGCCCCCAAAUAAACCUCCAGGCAAUAUAAGGGCUUUUCAGGAUCCCUAUGCAGCCUGAAAAUGUUUGGAAUUUGAUUCCAGUAUUAGGCAAAUCUGGAUUAUAAUGGAAAAAUGUGGAAACCUGCUUGUAUUUCCAGACACUAAUUCUCAUCCCAUUUGUCAAUUUUUUCCUAACUUUCUUCCUUAAUUUCUUUUUUGUAAUUUCUUCAUUCCAUACUGCCAUUCAUCCUUGUCUUUCUUUUUAUUCCUCUCCUUCUGUCUCCUGCAGUAUGCCCUUCUUUCUUGCCUCAAUUCUUUCAUUUUCCUUGUUUUCUUUAUUCUAUUUGUUUUUACUUCUUUAGUUCCUUGUUCCUCUUUAUCUUCCUUCCUUGCAUCCUUUUCCCCUAAUUUCCUUCCACCCAUCCCAUGGGUUUUUCAAGUCCUAUAUUUAAAGUCUGCUCUCUAAAAAUGGGAUUCAUAAUUAGAUUUAGCAUUUAAUAUUUUGAAAUGGCUGUUAAAGAAUUAAGAAGUUGGUAAAGUCGAGUUUAGAGAAGUCUGGAUUUGUUACAAGGUUUGUAGGAACCCCGCCCACUUGAUCCACAAAGAGUGGGAGGGAUUGCUCUGUCAGAUGACCUAGACUCCAUAAUCAACUGACCCAAACCCACCUUUGUUCAUGGAUUUACCGGACGUUUUAUCAGAAGCGACAUACAGCACAUCUAAUAUCAAAGAUAGCUAAGGUGGUUUGGGAUGAGUUUGAUUGUAGAGUGAAGGCAAAUUGGAAACUCCCUCAAGACUGUUUCAGAACCAUUCCAGGUAACCACCUCAGGAAGCUGAUUGUGAGAAAUCCAAGAAGCUUUCAUGGAAAUCUAAAAUACUGUGCAAAGUGUUAGCAUAGUUUGGAUACCUUCUGCAUUAAUCUACAGGAUAUAAAAAAAAAUAUUGAAAAAACAAUGAUUGAAUGACAAGGUGUGCCCAAACCUUUAACUGGUAUUGUUACCCUGGAGCCAUCAGAUCCUGGGAACAAACCAAACUAAUAGUUCUUGUUGUUUGACUUGGAGAAGAGACCUUUUAUAAAAUGCACAGGAGUCUCCUAAUAGCUGGAUUACAUUUUUAAACAAAUACUCUUGUAUAAAAGCUAACAGCCAAAGGCUUGUGCUGUAGGCACAGAUGGACAAUGAAUGGGUGGCUGCAAGGAAACCCAGAGGCUGUGCAUUCAGUCUUGUAUGAAAGGUAAAUGUUGUAUAAACAGUUGUACAAACCAGUCUAUCAACCAGAAGAGGUUUAAGCUGAUAUUUCUCUCACAAGAACAUUAAAGGUAAAGUCACAUGCCAAAAAAAUGUUUAGGAAGGGAUACAAGUUUUGCUACUUUUUUGGGGGUUAAGUCCGGGGAGAAGAUAAAAGAAGGCACAUCUUUUGAUGAAUAACUUCUUUUCUUUUAUUUGUGGAGAUAAGCGGCACCUUGCGAUAAAAUGACCCAUGAAAUGGGUAGUUAAUUUUGUUUAUGAUGUGUUUUGGAUUUUGUGGCUCUAGGUCAUUUUCACCUUUCUCUGAUGCCCAGUCACCAUUGCAUCUAUUGUUAAUAAUUUCUAUUUGUGUUAAGUAAUUUAAAGUACUAUGGAGGUAAUAUAUUAAAAUAUUCAAAACUCAUAAAUAUAGUUUUAUAUUUUCAGAAAAAAUUUGUUUUACACUCCAUUUCUUUUUAAUUUUGUUCUGAUCCUCCGUUGUUUUAGGUAACACUUAUAAAAUAUGGCUAAUUAAGGCCACUGAUUAGAUUUGGACCAAAAUAAUUUUUGCCGAAUACAUGAUGAUAGAUGUUUUUAUUUAUUUUUUAUUGGUCAUAAAUCACUUUAUCUUGCAUCAGACAAAAAAGUAGAAUAUGAAAAAUGAAAUCAGUGAAACCAGGCAUCAAAUAUCCCCCUGGAGGGUACAAAUUGAUGCAUGGAUGGUAAGAAACAUCUCUUGACAAAUGGCUCCAUGUUCUACCCAGAAAAAACGGUGGAUGAACAACCAAAAGUAUGAAAUUGAGAAAGAGGAAAUGACCAGUAUUUGGUUUAGCUGCUAAAAAGACGUGUCUUGUGGCCUUCGUCUUUAAUAAAUAAAAAAAUAUUUAAUAAAUAUAAUUAUGAAGACUCCUGCAGAAAUAGGAGCAAAAGUAAUAUGAAAGAACUCAGUAGUUUAUUGCUGUUUGUUUUUCUAUCUUUUUCUAUGUAUGUAUACAUGUCCGCCUCCCUCCCAUAGUUGUUAGAAGGAGCCUCAAAACUGAGAAGGGAAUUAAGUUAAGAAAAAUAUUUUAGAAAUUGGUAGCAAACGGUCUGUUUGCUAGUAGACCUGUGUCCUUAGACCAUUUUUUUUUUUUUUUUAAAGAUUUGUUCAAAAUUAAGUUACACUGCCUUAAAGGUAGACUCAGUGAUUUUUCCCCAAGUCCCUUCUUGAAUAACUGUGCAUUAGCAAGACCAUCACCCAUGCUCAUCUGGUCCUCAGGGUAUUGCGUGAAAUAAAAUCUCCCAAAUCCACUCUGGUCUUAUUUUUUUUCUACUGAGGCCAUCCCCUUCUUCUCAUAAACUUGUACGUGGUUUUACUUCUUGUCACUCUCAUCCAUGUUCAAAGUAUAUAGUGAAAGCAGUGGCGCUACAAUCAACGGCUAACACCGAAGCUAACCGCUAAGCUAACCAGAUACAUAAACACUAGAAGUGCUAGUAUGCACAGCCAGCAAAUGGAAACCAACAAGGAACGUGUACGCACAUUAGCAUUACAUGAGCGUGUCAGACUGAUUGGCAUGUGGGACAACCCAUAAAUAAGGCGAAACCCCCAGAAUUCGAGGGACAGAAGGAGUGAGAGCAGGACCAAAACUCUGCCAAUCCCUGCGAAUGGCAGGGAUUUGUCAGUUUUUACAGGCCUGCAGCUUUCACAGAAUUUUUUAUAACCUCUUUUUUCUGAAUACAUAAAGCAUUGACUACUGUCCGGAUGAAAGGACCGUAAAACAAAGUGUUUCUGAACAGGAUUACCACCUACAGCUUUAAUGGCUAAUAUUUAAGAUUCAUAUAUAAUAUAGUAAUUAGUCUUCUAUUGUAUCAAAACAUUAGUAUCCAAUGACAGCACAAGACCUACUUCUAUAUUUAAAGACACUUAGUUGUAUUGGUAUUAAAUCAAUGGACUGGGAAAAACUGCUUUGUGAAAUUACCUUUUUUAAUACCACAUUUUGCUUGUAUGUAGAGCAAAAGAGGGAAAAGAUUGAUGCAGAUAGAUUCGAUUUUGCAUACCUUGGAAUCCAUAUUAAAAAUUUGCAAAUCAAAGUAAAUGUAAUGGGGUUUUGCUAGGCCUUCCAGUUGGUUGCUUAAGAGCUACCAUGUAAUAAAUAACCAAAUUUCAAAAAAAGCACAGCCUUAGUCUUAAUGUUUAAUGUGUUUUAAAUCCAACACAUUAAACUAGUUGUAAAUGCUAAUGCUGCUCAUUAGCUUGUUAACUGAAAUGUAGCUGGCGAUGCCAAUGCUAGCUCUGCAAUGAACAUAAUCAGUAAUACAUUAUUAGGUUGUUGUAGUUUUAUUUUUAUUAUAUUCAUUUUUUAGCACAAUAACGAGCUAGGACAAGAUGAGACACUGUUUUACUUUUAACAUGCCUGACCAACCUCAAAAAAGCAUAACUGCAGCAUGCAUGAUUAUGGGGAUAACUUCCAGAGAUAUUUAUUUUUUUGAAACUCCUUAGACUGCUAAAACAUUGAUUAGCUGCUUCUAAUAUGAAACCCCCCACCACUCCCACCUGCCACAACCAACUAAUACCGUAUUUAAAUCUCUAUACAAUGCAUUGUAUUUCCAGUACUUAUUGCUUCCACGGCACUGAGAAAUUAUGAAAUGUAUCAUCACUUGCUGAUUCUCUGCUCUAAAAUGUAAACAGUACAGUAUGUACUGGGGGAUUCUAGUUUUAAAACCACAUAUAUAGACAGUAGUUGUCCCAUUCAGCUAUAUUAACAAUGCCAAAACAGUACAAUGACAUCGGAGUCUAGAGGUGCUAAAGACAGUAGGCUGUUUUUUUUUUUUUUUUUUUUUUUUCCUUUUUAUUGUAAUAUUGACAAGUGUUAUCUGUCUGUAACACAGUAGAACAUUCUGAAAACAUUUCAAUAAUAAACCAUAUAGAUAUUA